GCGGAGCAGGUGCCGGCGGCGGCGGCGGGCCGGCAGGAUGGAGGCUGCCUUGCUGAAGCCGGCGAUGAUGGCGGAGGUGAAGGGGAGCGGCGCCGGCUCUGCCGUCAGCGCCGAGCUGGAGGUGAAGAAGCUGCAGGAGCUGGUGCGGAAGCUAGAGAAGCAGAACGAGCAGCUCCGGAGCCGCGCCGCCGCCGCCGCGGUGGCCACCGGCCCGCCCAGCCCGCACCUGCUGCUGGCCCCGCCGGCGGCCCCGGGCGGGCUGCGCCCCGCCAGCCCCCCCGCCGCGGGCGCGCCCAGCCCGGUGCCCGCGCUGCUGUGCCCGCCGGAGCCCCUCGCCUACUUCAAGCCCUCGCCUGGGCCGCCGGCCGCCGGCGGCGGGCAAGAAGGCGGCGGCGGUGCGGGGGCGGCGGCCACGGUGCUGGACGAGGUGGCGGUGCUGGAGCUGGAGGACGGCUGCGGAGAGGACGAGGAUACAUGGUUGUACGUCUUGCCUACCAAGACUCACACUCCUCAAGAGAAAUCACUGAGCCCUCUGCAGUGGUGCAGACGUGUUCUGGAUCAUCCAACUCCUGAGAUAGAAGCUGCAAAACGUUCCCUAUGCUUUAGAUUGGAGCAAGCUAGCCGAUGGCGGAACCUCUUCUCUACACCUGUCUCCUUGGCUUUUCCCUAUAGUCCUGUUGCAAGACUCACCCCAUAUACCAAUGGCUGUAAUAGUCCCAGCUUCUCUAAAACUUCCAGUAAAGCAAUACUAACACCUGAACGGACAGGGUACAUUUCCAGGAGUUCACCUUUGAGUCCACAGUCAUCGAUAGACAGCGAACUGAGCACGUCGGAGCUGGAAGAUGAUUCCAUCUCUAUGGGAUACAAGCUGCAGGACCUCACUGAUGUUCAGAUCAUGGCUCGUCUACAGGAGGAGAGCCUUAGGCAAGAUUAUGCUUCAACUUCAGCAUCUGUGUCAAGGCACACUUCCAGUGUUUCUCUGCAUACGGGAAAAAAAGGGACAUGCAGUGACCAGGAAUAUGAUCGCUAUAGUCUUGAGGAUGAGGAAGAGUUUGACCACCUCCCACCUCCACAGCCACGUCUGACUCGCUGCUCCCCCUUCCAAAGAGGGAUUCCUCACUCACAGACUUUCUCCAGUAUCCGGGACUGCAGGAGGAGCCCUACUUCCCCACAAUUCCCUACAAAUACUUAUCAGCAGCCCUUCUACUCUCCUCAAGCCCAAACUCCAGAGCAGCAACCAAAUAGGAUUAAUGGAGACAAGCUCCGCAGAAGCAUGCCUAACCUUGCUCGGAUGCCAAGCACCCCCACCAUUAGCAGUACUGCUGGUUUUGCUGGUUCUCCUGUCACUGUGAGGAAUAGCCAGAGCUUUGACUCCAAUUUGCAUGGAGCCAGUAAUGGGAUUUCAAGGAUGCAGUCGUGUAUUCCAUCGCCAGGUCAGCUUCAACACCGAGUUCACAGUGUGGGACAUUUUCCAGUGUCUGUCAGACAGCCUCUCAAAGCUACUGCCUAUGUAAGCCCAACCGUACAAGGGAGUAGUAACAGUAGCAGUAUUCCAGUGUCCAGCAACUCGCAGCUGUAUUCCAGCACUGGGAUCCCCAUGCCAAACAAGACUGCUGGUCAAGGCAUCGUGGGGCGUAGUGCUCUUCCUAGACCAUCGCUGGCCGUCAAUGGGAGCGGCAUUCCCAGAAGUAAAAUUGCACAGCCGGUUCGAAGUUUUCUUCAGCCUCCAAAACCCCUGUCAUCACUGAGCACGAUACGGGAUGGGAACUGGAGAGACGGCUGCUAUUGAUGAAGGAUGCCCCUCGCCAGUGGAAAACACAUAAUGUGGAUUUCAUUUACCCAGCUGGCUGGGUAACAACGAUUUGGAAAAGGGGGCUCAUACAGUAUUAUUUUUCCCCAGGAUCUUGAUGUGUAACCAUCUACAAUGCCAUGUCAUUUUUAAAAAAUGAACAUCUUAUCAAAUACUAAAUAUUGCACUUAAUCAGUUACCUAACAGCUGCAUUGUUAUCAGACUAACAAUGGCAGUGUUGGCAUUUGGAACUUAAGAAAGUAUUAUAUGUGUGCAAAAUACAAGAAUAUUUCCUUGGAACGAACUAGGAGAUUUUGUUUUUGGGCAGCUUUGCCAUACUGAAAUUCUGAGAUAAUUUAUUCAGUGUAAAGGCAUCACACAUUUUAUUUUGAAUUUUGGGGUACUUAUGUAUGUGCUUGAAAUCUUUUCUAGUGUUUUCAGUACAUUUUAUUUUGUAUACUUAAGUUCAUUUAAACUUGCCUGAACCUUGAACUACAGAGAGAUAAUUUAACUUUUUCUGUGCCAUAAAUAAUAUUUUUGGGGUAAUGUACUUUUUUAGUGCUAGGAACAUACCUUAUAAAAUCUUAUCAAUUGGCAAUACAAAGCAGUAUAUUUAUGUUACAGAAGCACAAAUAAAAGCUAGCAUUCACUGGAAAUUGACAUCCAGCUGGGUCAGCAUGGUUUUGUUGGUCUAUCACCAUUUGUUGAAUUGUUAAUUUAUUGUCAUAGUGUUUUGUAUUUAAAAUGGCAGCAUAAAUCACAUUGCACUUACAAAGGUACAGUGAUCUCUAAAACUACUAUUGAUUUUCAGUACUUUAUUACAAAGAAUAAAAUGGUAAUGUUUUAUUAACAGUUGCUUAUGGAAAAUGAGUUUUAAUGCAAAUAAAUCUUUUUGAUAGAUCUUUUACAAAAUCCAGUUGCACUAAUCAAUGCUUUCUUAUAAUGGCAUAUGACAUAAUAUUUGAUUACAACUGUGUAUACUGCUGUUUUGGAAUGUUUCAGGAAAUAAAGAAUCUAUUUCAGCAAUAA